AUGUCUGUGACCACAGGGAAGACAGGGCCAUCCCUGACCCAGGAAAUCCUUGGCUACCUGGGUCUUGCCAAUAAGACUGCAGCUUGGGGCACUCUGGGUACUCUCAGGACCUUCCUGAGUUUCAGUGUGGACAAGGAUGUACAGAGGCUGCUGAGGGCCAUUGCAGGACAAGGCGUGGACCGCACCACCAUUGUGGAUGUGCUGACCAGUCGGAGCAGAGAGCAAAGGCAACUGGUCUCCAGAGCCUUCCAGGAGCGUACCCAGCAGGACCUACUGAAGUCCCUGCAGGCAGCACUGUCUGGCAACCUUGAGAGGAUUGUGGUGGCUCUGAUGCAGCCAGCAGCCCAAUUCGACGCCCAAGAACUAAGGACAGCUCUGAAGGGCUCAGGUACUCCUGAGGAUGUGGCUGUGGAGAUUCUCGCCACCCGAGCUCCACCCCGGCUGCAGGAGUGCCUGGCAGUCUACAAACAUGAUUUCCAGGUGGAGGCUGAGGAGGACAUCAAAUCUAAGACCAGUGGCAUCUUGCGGGACCUGCUCCUAGCGUUAGCCAAGGGGGGUCGUGAGAGCUAUUCUGGGAUCAUUGAUUACAACCUGGAGGAACAGGAUGUUCAGGCAUUACAGCAGGCUGAAGCACCUAGCAGAGAGGGGACAUGGGUCCUAAUUCUCACCCAGAGAAGUUGUGAACACCUGGUCCGAGUGUUUGAUCAGUAUCAGCGGUACACUGGGCAAGAGUUGGAGGAAGCUGUUCAGAACCAUUUCCAUGGAGAUGCCCAGGUGGCUCUGCUCAGCCUAGCCUCGGUGAUCAGGAACACACCACUGUACUUUGCUGACAAACUUCACCAAGCCCUCCAGGAAACUGAGCCCAAUUACCAAGAUCUGAUACGCAUCCUUAUCUCUCGAAGUGAGACUGACCUCCUAAGCAUCCGAGCUGAGUUCAAGAAGAAAUUUGGGAAAUCCCUUUACUCUUCCCUCCAGGAUGUAGUGAAAGGGGAUUGCCAGCCAGCCCUAAUAGGCCUAUGCAGGGCUGAAGACAUUUGA